AUGCCAUCCCCCCAUCCGCCCCUCCAUGCCAUGCCAUCCUCUUCCCCACCUUCUCCAUCCCCAACCCCUGCUGCCCCCAUCUCUGCUGCCCCCACUAUGCGUGCCUGCGUCCUCACGAGGGCGGGCAGGCAAGAGCACGACGACAGCCAUGCUCACAUGGGUGCUGCGCCAGAUGGGGGUGCCCCUCGCUGCUGUCAUCGGUGCCAAUGUGCCUCAGUUGCCAGGACUAACUGUUCCGCAAGCCACCUCCUCAAGAGCCAGAUAGUGAACGAGAGAGUGAGCAGCUUCUUUGUGAAGCUCCGCUCGGCGUUUCAAUGCGGCUCUGCUCUGCUCUGUGCGGACGAGUACGACGGCGCCUUCCUGGAGCUGACCCCCGGCAUAGCGGUGGUGACCAACGUGGAGUGGGAGCACGUCGACCUCUUCCACUCCGAGGCAGCAGUGCGGACAGCCUUCUCUCGCUUCGCCAGCCGCAUAAAGCAGGGCGGCGUUCUUGUGGCAUGUGGCGACAAUGCAGGCUCUCGCGCGCUGGUCACUCACCUGCGAGCACGCCACGGCACUGACACCACAGCCUCAGCCCCGCGUGCCGCCACUGCUGCCACUGCCGGUCCCGCUGCGUCCACCUCGCCUCAAACGGGUAGCGGCGGCUCCCACAGGUCUGAUAGUGCUGCUGGUGCUGGUGCUUCUGGUGCCACUGCAAGGGCUGCUUGGCUGGAUGUGGAGGAGGAGCAGCGGACAGCUGUCACGUACGGAUUGGACGAGGGCAACGACUGGCGGGCCAUCAUGCUGGCGCCCAACCAGGCGGGCGGCACGGACUACGUGACGGUGUUUGCCGGCCGGCCCAUGGCGCGAGUGAGCCUGCAGCUGCCUGGCGUGCACAACGUGCUCAACUCCCUCGCUUUCUAG